AUGCUUGCAAAAUUUCAUCCUGUGAUGCAAAAGCAUUUAGCACUUGCAAUAAAAGGUGACACUUCAGACCAUUAUUGCGGGAAAAAUAUUCAAAAUGAGUUAAUAGAUUUAAUGUCUCAAAAGGUUAAUGAUGAAAUAAUAAACCGAGUCUUGAAAGCCGUUUACUAUUCAAUCAUUGCUGAUUGUACACCUGAUAUUUCUAGAAAAGAACAACUUUCUCUUACUAUUCGAAUUGUUGACUUGUCAUUAGACAUUAGAGUGGAAAUUAAAGAGUACGUUUUAGGAUUCUUUUCUGUUUCUGAUUCUACAGGCUUAGGACUUAGUGAGGUUUUAAUCGAGUUGCUAACUAAGCAUGGACUUGAAAUCUCUAACUGCAGAGGUCAAGGGUAUGAUAAUGGAUCAAAUAUGAAAGGAAAGAAUAAUGGUGUACAAAAAAGGAUUUUAAACCUUAAUCCUUUAGCAUUAUAUGUUCCUUGCGGCAACCAUAGCUUAAAUUUGGUAAUAAGUGACUCUGCACGGUCAGUAAAAUCUAUAGCUUUUUUCGGUAUUCUUCAGAGAUUGUAUACUCUAUUCUCAGCUUCAGUGAGCCGAUGGAAAAUUUUAAUUGAUCAUGUUAAAAUUUUGCAUUUAAAGAAACUCUGUGACACGCGGUGGGAAGCAAAAAUAAGUAGUGUUAAAGCCGUUCGUUAUCAAGUUGGUGAUGUGCAUGACGCUUUGAUAGCAUUGUCAGAAAUUGAAGGAUGUAAUCCUGAAACUGCACAUGAAGCGAUAACUCUAGGAGAGCAAUUAAAAGAUUUUAGCUUUCUUGUCUCCAUAAUUGUCUGUUAUGACGUUCUUUUUCAAGUCAAUAUUGUUAGUAAAACUCUUCAAGAAAAAGACAUGGACAUCACUCAAUGUGCAAAGUUAUUGAAAAGCUGUUGUUCAUUUUUAGAAAACUAUAGAAAAUGUGGUUUUAAAGAUGCAAUUAUAAAAGCAAAGGAUUUGGCUAUAGAAUUACAAGUGGAGCCUGUUUUUAAUCCACUUAAAAGAAUAAUACGAGUGAAACGCCAUUUUGACGAACCAGCCCAUGAUGGGAUUUAUUUAUUUUCUCCUGAAAAAAAAUUAGAAAUCGAUUUCUUCAAUCCUCUUUUAGACACAUCUUUAAUUUCAAUGAGAGAAAGAUUUAUUCAGUUGGAGAAUUAUUCCGAACACAAAAUGCAAGAUUUGUAUCCAAACACAUGGAUUGCAAUGCGAAUUUCGCUAACAAUACCUGUCACUGUAGCGAGUGGAGAAAGAAGCUUUUCCAAAAUGAAACUAAUAAAAACCUAUCUGCGGUCAACAAUGUCGCAGGAUAGACUUUCAAGUUUAGGAACCCUAUCGAUUGAAAAGAAUAUUGCUGAAAAUCUUGAUUUUUCAUCCCUAAUCAAAGAUUUUGGUGAUAAGAAGUAUAUUAGUAAAGGCACCAGGUUUAUAGUUGAAGUUGUGGAACGAGUUGAGACUUUAAACAACGUGAUUUCAUCUUCAGGGCAGGAUUUAUUUGAUCAAUUAAAAUUAACUUUAAAUAUUAAGAACAUUAGCUUACAUAGUUGUGUACUAGAUCGUUUUGAUGGUGCUGCCAAUAUGAAUAGCCAAUAUAAAGGAGAUUAA